AUGGGCUUUGGCGGUGUGCUGGACGACAGCACCUUUUUGCAAUCUGAACAUUCCACCCAUAUUCUACACGUACUCUUUUACGAGAUCGAAACUGGCCACCCCGUUGCUGAAGCCCAUCGAAACUUAAGUCAAGUAUUCGGCACUGAAGCCCCUUCUGAGUGGUCUGUGCGCGUCUGGUUCCAGUGCUUCAAAGCCGGAAACAAGAAACUCGAAGAUGAGCCUCGCUCUGGUCGACCGACUACAAUAUCGUUCGACGAGCUGAAGCAUCUGGAAAAGCAGCAUCCAUAUGAAAGUGUGCGGUAUUUUGCUGCCACUCUUGGCUGUUCGCUGUCCACCGUGAGCAAUGGGCUGCGAUCUCCCGGAAUGGUGAAAAAGCUCGGUCAGUGGCUCCCACAUAAAUUCAGCGACGGCAACCGCCAAAGACGCCUGGACAUCUGCACUCAGCUGCUCUCCAGAAGCCGCAGAUUCGACUGGCUGGACACCACUGUCACUGGAGAUGAAAAAUGGGUCCUCUACGUCAACCACACCCACAAACGUACAUGGUACGCUGGCGAUGAAAUACCGGAUCCUUUCGUGAAAGGUAAAAUCCAUGAGAAGUGCGCUCAACUGCAAAGACUGGCCGACAAGAUCCACAAGGAACACCCGAAGCUCGACAACGUUCGCCUGUUGCACGAUAACGCGCGUCCUCACAUCACGAAGACUUCCCAGGAAAUUCUGGAGCUCGGAUGGGAAGUUCUACCGCAUCCACCGUACAGCCCGGUCCUGGCCCUGAGCGACUACCACCUCUUCCGGUCGCUCCAGCAUCACCUGGAAGAGAAGCGCUACGAUGAUCGUGACCACCUCGAAAAUGACCUUCGGGCUUUCUUCGCCUCCAAGUCGCCGGGGUUCUACGCCAAAGGAAUCCGUGAACUUGUGAGACGUUGGCAGAAGGUUGUUGAUGUUGAUGGAGAUUAUUUCGUCGAAUAA